AAGAGACUCGCAAUUUACAAUGACCCACUCAGGCACGACUAGCAACAGCACAGUACAGCACAGUGGGUCUAAUUCAAAGAAUUCUGGCAUUCACCCGUGUAUCUCUAGACUUGUAGUGCAGAGACUCGUUUCUUUUUCCUUUGACUUCUAGAUCCUAUCUUAGCGCCAUUCUCAAUGUCUGCAGUCUCAUUUCUCCGCCGUGCAUAUUCCUCAAAAUCAUCCCUAAACUCAACCUACAAUGUCAUCUUCAAAGAAAAAGACCUAAAAAAGGUCGCAGAAACCUUCAAGAAACACACCCAGAAUUCCCAGAUGCGCAAAAAAGCUUCUUUUUAUGAAUACACUGUUAACCGUUUAGCCGAAUCUCAGAGCUUUAAUUUGAUUGAAGAAAUUCUAGAAAGUCAAAAACAGUACAAGGACAUUACUGAUGAAGGUUUCACUGUUCGUCUAAUUUCUUUAUACGGAAAAUCUAACAUGUUUGAUCAUGCCCACAAACUGUUCGAUGAAAUGCCUCAACUUAAUUGUAAAAGAACUACUUUGUCUUUCAAUGCCCUUUUAAGUGCUUGUGUUAAUUCAAAGAAUUUUGAUAAAGUUGAUGGGUUUUUCCGUGAAUUGCCCGACAAGUUGUCAAUUAAACCUGAUAAUGUGUCUUAUAAUAAUUUGAUUAAAGCUUAUUGUGAGAUGGGUUCUUUGGAUUCAGCAACUUUAAUGUUUGAUGAAAUGCAGAAAAAUGGGUUGAAGCCUGAUUUGAUCACUUUCAAUAUCUUGCUUGAUGGUUUUUACAAGAAAGGAAGUUUCUUAGGUGGUGAAAAAUUUUGGGUUUUGAUGGAAAAGUAUGGUUUAGUUCCUGAUAGUUUAAGUUAUGAUGCGAGGUUACAUGGAUUUGUUACGGAGAAUAUGAUACAAGAAGCUGUGAAUUUGGUUCAAGAGAUGAAGUCUAAGGAUUUGAAAAUUCAUGGGUCUACAUAUAAUACUUUGUUCAAAGGCUUAUGUAGUGAUGGGAAAAAUAUACAUGAAGCCAAAAAAUGGGCUGAAGAAGUGUUAAAGACCAAGGGUUUGAUAAUGCCAAACCAGAUGCUUAGUACAUUGAUAAGAUUCUUUUGUGAUAACAAUGAUUUUCCGUUUGCUUCCAGGUUAUCUAAAUCAUUGUUCCACAGGAAUUAUCGGUUAAAGGAAUGUGAGUUGCUGCAGAGUGUUGUUAAUGGGUUAGUGAAGCAGAAGAACAUGAAAGAUGCUGAGAUAUUGGUGCGGCUUGGCAAGGAUAGUAAACUUUCUUGUUAUCACAAACUCAAAAUGCCAAAAUUUGAACAAAAGUAGUGCCUUUUCAUUGAGUUUUGUUGGGUAUUUACUUUAUUUGGCUUGUGCUUUGGAAAUCUGUAUUAGUGAACCAACUAGACUGUCUUCAAAGCUGAAAAAAUUCUAUAGUGUUUACUGCUAAUGAAGAUAACUAUUUCAGAACAAUAUGUUGAUAUGUUUUUGUUGUAGUUUUGCUUCAAAUGCCUGUGUCUUACUGGUUCUAACUGCUGAAUGAAUAGCUAAUUUUUAGGUGUGCAAAGGAAGAAACUUUCCCAUUCAUGUCUGAUGAAAUGGUCGGUUAUCCGACUGAUUCUAAAACACUGCACCAUGCCUCUGUUUCUCUAGAAAUUCUCUAUCAAUAGUUAGCUUCCUGAAUGUCCAUCUUGAGCUUCAGCAAACCUUGUAU